AAUUUUGAAAUGUUAACAAUCAUAAUAAUCUAAUAAUAGUUAGUGAAUUUUCAUUAAUUAAUAUUUGUGUGCUUUGGUCCUGUUUGUCAGGAGGAAGUAGAUGUUUGGUGUUGAUCACAGUGUUUUUCCAGAUUAUUUGUGUUCUUCUGCUGAUCAACAACAUAGUGCUGCACAUCACCAUCAGAACAGAGAGAGACCUGAGAAAGAGUUACAAGAACACAGUUGAAGAGUUCAAUCAAACCAUCAACAGUUUACAGGACAAUUACACUGAUCUAAUGAUUGAAAAACACCAACUUCAGAACAACUUCAACUCUUUGAGUCAGAAGAACCUGGAAACCAGAGUCAAAGAUCUCACUGCUGAGAAAAAACAGUUACAGAGAGAUUUUGACAUUUUGAAUAAAAAGGGCACAGUUUUUUUAUUCAUGUCCACUGAGUUGAGCUGGUCUGACAGCAGACAGUACUGCAGGGAUCGUGGUGCUGAUCUGGUCAUUAUCAACACUGAAGAGAAGCAGAGGUUCAUAUCUUCAUUAGUCAGUGAGAGAGUGUGGAUUGGUUUGUCUGACAGAGAGCAGGAGGGCAACAUGAAAUGGGUGGAUAAUUCAACACUGAAACAAGGGUUUUGGCUCAAAGGUGAACCAAACAACUCCGGUGGAAAUGAGGACUGUAUUGAACUGAAUUAUUAUAGAGAGAAGAUGGAAUUAUCACCGCUGAACAACUGGAAUGAUCUGCUAUGCUCUGAGAAGAAAAGGGGGAUUUGUGAGAAAUAGGGUUCAACCCAUCUUGUUGUUUUGCUUCUGUUAUCUAAAUUAAUCAUUCUUAUUGCACACACAUAAGUUCUGAUUGUGGUCCCUGC